AUGCGCACGCGAGCACUGCAGCCGUACGCGCCGGGCGCAUCAGUGAGGGAGCGCUUCGCGUGCGAGGACGCGUACGAGAUGGAGGUGUUGCACUGCGCACCUAGCAGCGGAUCUCCGGAGAGGCCACCCCUGGUGUUCGUGCACGGGUCCUACCACGCUGCUUGGGUCUGGGACGUGUUCUUCCAUCGCUACUUCGCGGAGCGGGGCUACGACUGCUACGCGCUGUCCCUCCGCGGGCAGGGGUCCAGCGACCCCGUGAGCGGGCCCGUCGGCGGCACGCUGCGCUCCCAUGCCAGGGACGUGGCGGACUUCUGCCGGAAACGCCUGGACGGGCGCGCACCGGUGCUCGUCGGACACAGCUUCGGGGGCCUCGUGGUGCAGGAGUACGUGAUGCACGCCGCCGGGGAGGGGUCCGCCGCGGCCUCUGGGGACGUGUAUCCCGCGCUGAGCGGCCUGGUGCUCCUCAACACCGUCCCGCCGAGCGGCAACCAGGGCAUGAUCGGCAGGUUCCUCCGCAAGGACUUCCUCAAGUCCGCGAGGAUCACGUGGGCGUUCAUAUCGAAGAGUUUCCUGAAGAGCUCCGACACGUGCAAGGAGCUCUUCUUCUCGGAGACGAUGCCGGAGCCCGACGUCCGCCGCUACAUGGAGCUGCUGGAGAACUCGAGCCAGGUUCGCCUGCUCGACUUGCGCCGGCUGUCGGAGGACGUUCCGCUGCCUCGCCCACCACCGGGCGCACCGCCUGUGCUCGUCGUCGGCGGGGCGGACGACAACGUGGUGGAUCUGGAAGCUGUGGAAGAGACAGGCGCUCACUUCCAGAGGAGCACGACGGUGGUGCUGGAGGGCGUGGCGCAUGACAGCAUGAUAGACGUGCGCUGGGAGGACACCGCAAAGGCCGUUGAGGAGUGGCUCGCCGCGCUGCGGUGA